AUGGCGGCAAAGCCUCUCAUAACGCCAGAGAGCUUCAUUACCAUCACUGGACCGGCAGAUAUGGUUAGUGAUGAAACGCGCUUUGCUGUUGCUUCUCAUACGGCGAAGGCGAGACGGAGAAAACGUAAGGUGGUCCAUUUUGAGCCCGGAACAACCAUCCAUAAGUUUCUGGCUUGGAAAGCAACCAAAAAGUCAGCUUCGCGGCGCAAGCUAUCGCAAGAACCCGGCAGUGCUGGCCUGGCUUCUCUCGCCGUCGUUCCGUCCCAGAGCCCACAAGAGCAACCACUUGGUAUCCUCAGCCAGUCGAGGAGAGAUCCCUUUGCGCGCUAUGCUGUCUCUGAUAUUCCUGGCCCGGUCAACGAAGUGGUUGAUCAUGCCAUCCGGCUCUUCUGGCCAGGUCUGACUCCGAUUCCUACGCGAAAUCUGAACAAUCCGGUCGUCGACACCUAUCUGGAGGCAAUUCGAAGCUCCCCUCUUGCAUUUUAUGCAUAUAUAGUCGGCACGGCUGAGAAUUACGAGCUUCUGAGUGGGAGCAACUUCAAAACGAAGGCAUUCACAAAAUUAUGUCUGGCCUACCGUGUGGAGAUGAUCAAACUCGUCAAUCAGGAAAUUCAAGAGAUGACUGGUCCCCCGUCUGACGAGUUACUGGGAGCCAUUAUCGUACUCGCUGGCAAUUCCGCAGCAUUCAUCAGCCGCGCGAAAGGAUCAUUUUUCAAAGUACCGCAGCCAUCACGGUUCGACUCCCCCCUCAGAACCGCACAAUUUAUCCAUGUAUAUAGCGCCAACCCUUUUCCAAGCGCACAUUCGGAAGCGUUGGUUCGACUGGUGGUUAUGAAAGGUGGAUGCUCUGAGAUCAAGUCGCCUGGGGUAGCCAGCACAGCCGCUUUAUGCGACUUGGUCACUGCUUCACAAACCAACUCUAAGCUCUACAUCAUUCCUAUGAGUCCACCCACAUUGGCGGCCGUACAGCACUUGUCCGACUUGAUGACAACGGCAGAGAUCAAAUGGGAUGUUCGGACUACGACCUGGAGUCGCCUGCCACUGAGCUCACCCUGGAGACAUGAGCUCCUCCAAGCAGUCCAGGCAAUGUUGGUCGUCAAUACCGUGGUUGACUGUUAUCUGAGGAGGAACGGACCGGCGAUGGUCUUCGCCGAUAUCGUCAACGCCCGCAAUGACGCCCAAUAUCUUCUGCUGAGCCUCUUACCAUCAAGCGAAGCUGAUGAUGAGAUGCGCUCAACUUCACAGAAGUUCUCAGAGCACAUUUACGAGAUCAGUCGCAUCGCCCUACGAAUAUACAGCAAUCUCGUGCUUUUUCCAAUGAAUCCCAGCGGUGGCACGAGUACGAUUCUAGCAGGAGCACUCCGAAAAGCAAUCAUUGAGAGCGAGAGCGCAAAUCCAUGGCAACUGUUUCCCGACACAUGUAAGCGCAUGAUGCUCUGGGCACUUGUGCUCGGGGGCAUUCAAGUCGACGACAGCGUCAUCGAUGCCCGAGAAGAGCGGUCGUGGUUUGUCGAGCAGCUUGCAGAGGUCAUGUCGUUCAUUGAUAUCUUGACGUGGCGACAGGUCGAAGACUGUCUGACGUCGUUCAUGUGGUUGGAUAUAGUCCUCACCCCUGCCGCCGUGGAGCUCUGGGCAGAUGCGAGGAGGACGCGAGAUCAGGAUCGAGAAACCCCGGAGAUGGAAGGCCUGGCUUUGCAGCUGCGAGAGGGUCUGUGA